UACAAAAAGAAAACAAACCCUCUGGCUGGACUCCAUAUAUAGAUGCGCUCAUUGCAGCGAUUUUAAAAUUUAAUUUGCGAAGCCAGAUUAUUCAAGCUUCUACUUGGAAUUGAUUCAUUUAAAUAUAGAAGUUGUUGUAAACCAUAGAGUGACAUUUUGAUUAUUGCAUUUUAGGUAUCUAUUUCUCCACAAUGCCACUUACGGCUGAACAAGCGACACUUCAAGUGCAGGACCGCCUUCGUGCGCUCAAGUCUCUCAUAGUCGAAAUAGACAAUGAGCGGAAACGUAACGAACCCAACAUAACCAACAUGAUACGGUUGACGAAGAUGUCCAACGAUGAUAAAUCCUCCACCCUCAAUCAUAAAUUGAAAACGCUCUACAAAGUAGGAUUACAGGAUGCCGUUCAGGAGGAAAAUCUUAUACGUCAGGCGCUAGCCAAGAUACAAGAAAUUCGAAAUAUACGCAACGAAAGGCGUAUUCAAGCUAGAAAUGCUGGAAACAAGGAAACAAUUCGUAGAGGUGCGCUCAUGAAAAUGCUUCAGAUUUCUGCACAAACGCUACCAUUAUUUGUCAGUAAGCCAGGCGAAAAGAUUCCUCCGCUCUGCGGUUGUAUUCCUGCUGAUAAUAAUUAUGUUGCCAAACCUGGGGAUAUGGUGGCAGCAUUAGUGAAAGGGCUGGAAGACGAGGAAAAUUGGAUUUUGGCUGAAGUUGUUCAGUUUAUUUCGUCGGCCAGCAAGUAUGAAGUGGAUGAUAUCGACGAAGAGCAAAAAGAUCGACACAUUUUGAGCAAACGGCGUAUCGUGCCACUGCCUCUGAUGAGGGCCAACCCAGAAACCGAUGGACAAGCCUUGUUUAUUAAAGGUACCACGGUAAUGGCGCUAUAUCCCCAAACUACUUGCUUCUACAAGGCAGUUAUUAACGGACUACCGCAAACAGCUAACGAAGAAUACGAAGUUCUUUUCGAGGAUCCGUCGUACGCGGACGGAUAUUCUCCGCCGUUGUUCGUAGCCCAACGUUACGUGAUUGCCAUCAAGCAAAACAAGAAAGUUGGAGGAAGUUCCUCCUGACAGUUGUAUCAGCAAACUGCCCUGAACAAUUCUGCCGGAUGCGGCUUAGCAAGUACUUCUUCUGCUUCGAGUAUUCUUACCAUGAACAACCAUUCGACUGUUACCACUUGUGACAAAACAGCAUCUGCAAUGGGUUUACUGAAUUGCAAGGAAGAUCAAUUUGUUGAGCCAUUUUUGAUGGAUGAUUGAUCAGGAAUAUUUCUACGUUCUCACAUAAUCUUUCGAACGAUGUAAUAAUAAUAAAUAUUGAAUAAUAUCUUAA